AUGUAUCCUUUUCAACGAAUUUCUCACUUACGCCAAAAGAAUGGAAUUAGCUAUGAGAGACUAGACAAAAUUGCAAGCAUAUCUGUUUUGCAGGUUGAUGUGGUGCGGUUAUGCUAUGUUGUGGCUUGUGUUCAGAAUCGUUUGAUGCACGUUUCCACUGCAACAUACUCGGUGCUUGUAAGCAACCCAUACCCUCCUUCUGAGGGCUCUUACGAUGGCGCCUCGGGGAACCCUUUCGAUGCCAUGUUGGACGCCGCCUACUCUGUUGUAGAGAAGGCGAGCGGACCCAACGUGGAAAUCAUGGUGUCAAAGAGCAGAUGGCCGUCUACGGGCGACAAUGAUGCUUCCAUGGAGAAUGCAGGGACUUAUUAUAGGAACCUUAUCAAUCAUGUGAAAGGAGGGAGUGGGACUCCCAAGAGUCUUGGGAAGGCUAUUGAGACUUAG